GCGGCCACUGAGAAUUGAGAAAAAUACCAACCAAUUUUAGUUAUCAUAAUUUUGUCGCCCGCGCCGCGCUCCGGGACAAUCCGAUUGUCACAGACAGGAAAAUGGGCGGGAAAAGUCUCGUGUUUUUUUGUGUGAUAACGAUUGUGUGGGCUGCGAGCACUGUUUUUGCGGAGGACUACACCUACGAGACCAAGUAUCUUGAUGUGCCUGUCUCACAUUUUGACUUCUCCAAGAAUGCGACGUUCAAGCUACGAUACUUAGUCAACGACACCUUUUGGAGCAGACGGAAAGGCCCCAUAUUUUUCUACACCGGAAAUGAGGGAGACAUCGAAUUGUUUGCCCGGAAUACGGGCUUCAUGUGGGAUAUUGCAGCAGAGUUCAGAGCUAUGCUGGUCUUUGCUGAGCAUCGAUACUAUGGCAAGUCAAUGCCAUUCGGAGACAAUUCAUUUUCGUCCCCGGAGUACUCGGGAUACCUCACAAGUACCGAAGCUAUGGUUGACUUUGUUGACGUCAUCUACCAGAUUUGGGGUGAGACCAAAGUUAACAGCCCCGUGAUCGCGUUCGGAGGUUCGUACGGAGGUAUGCUUUCCGCUUGGAUCCGUAUGAAAUAUCCAGCUGUGAUUUUGGGGUCCCUUGCUUCCUCAGCUCCAAUUUGGCAAUUUGAAGGGAUGACUCCUUGUUCGACUGCUUUUAAAAUUGUGACGGAUGUGUUUUCUAUGGCAGACAAAGAGUGCAGCGCAACCAUCAGGAAGGCGUGGUCGAUAAUAGAUAAGCAAGGGCAAAGUGAGGAUGGAAGGCGCUUGCUUUCGAAGAGCUGGAAUCUGUGUAAAGAGUUGAAUAACACGAAGGAUGUAGAAACUUUCAAAGCAUACAUCAAUGAAGCUUGUUUUGAUUUGGCUAUGAUAAACUAUCCGUACCCUACAAAUUUCCUCGCCCCGGUACCUGCCUGGCCCGUGAAGGCUGUGUGCAGUUAUAUGAACGACUCAUCAGUGCCAGAUUUAGAGCUUUUGGACAAACUUUUCCGCGGCAUUUCGGUUUACUCGAAUUACACCGGGCAAACGAAGUGCUUAGACGUUGAUCUAGAUGAUAAUACAGCUGGCCUCAGUUAUUCCGGUUGGGAUAUCCAAUCAUGCACUGAAAUGGUGAUGCCAAUGUGUGCGGAUGGUGUCAAUGACAUGUUCGAACCAGACGAAUGGAAUCUUCAGAAUUAUUCUGACACUUGCGUCAAUAAGUAUAAACUGAAACCUGAUCCUAGAAUAAUUGAAAAACUUUACGGAGGCAAAAACAUUAACGAUCACAAGAACAUCAUUUUCAGCAAUGGUUUACUGGAUCCAUGGUCCGGCGGUGGAGUUAUGAAGGACAUAUCCUCUAGUAUCUUCACAGUCAUAAUUCCGGAGUCAGCCCACCAUCUGGAUCUGAGAGCUGCUGACCCUGCCGAUCCAGACUCCGUCAAGCAAGCCCGGAAACAUUACAAAAAAAUAUUCAGAGCGUGGCUUGAAGAGCACUACCGCACCUCUGCACAGAGAACAAAAUAAAGCUGAAACAUGAAAAUAAUGAAUAAAUAAAAUUAUUAUUCGUUGUUUUGUGCUCUUAGAUGUCUUCAAAUUAUAUGCGGGAUUCUCAUUUUUCAACCAAAUUAUAUGUGGGAUUCUCCAUUUUUGAUUAUUCAACGGAACUCUACAGAAAUUGCUCCACUAAACAUUUUGUUUUCGUCGACUAAUGUUUCGCUUUCUAUUGACGGUUACGCAUUGAUAAAAAUCGGAAAUGCGUUUUUCAGAUUACGAUGAUAAAAGUCUUCAAUGUUUUUUAAUGUUUUCAAGGAUAACCAACGAUUAGAUCCUAUUGAAAUUCUCUGUAUAUUUUCAUUGCUUUCUCUAAAUAAAUCACAGCCAAUUGCAAUGAAACA